UCUUCCUCCCUUCGUCUAGGUCACUGCAAAUCUGCAAUGGAACAACCUUCUUCUUCUUCUUCUUCUUCUUCUUCUUCUUCUUCCGCUUCAUACGGUAAUUACGAUGUUUUCUUGAGUUUUAGUGAAGACGAAGUUGGCAAGAACUUCGUUGACCAUCUCUACAGUGCCUUGAAGCUAAGGGGGAUUCAUACCUUUAAAGAUGACGAUAAGCUUAAAACGGGGAAGUCCAUUUCCCCAGCAAUCGAAAACUCGUAUAUAGCCAUCGUCAUUUUCUCCCAGCACUACGCUGAGUCCACGAGGUGCUUGGAGGAACUAGUGAAGAUCAUGGAGUGUAUGAAAGUGAACGGUCUUGUUGUUCCCAUUUUCUAUGACGUGGAUCCAUCUACGGUGAGGAAACAAAAGGGCAAGUUUGCAGAAGCCUUUGCUGAACACGAGAUGAGGUUUGAGAAAGAAAAGGUGAAGAAAUGGAGGGAAGUGCUGGAGGAGGUAGCCAAUUUGUCAGGUCGAGAAUUGAAGACUGAAAAUGGGCAUGAAGCAAAGUUCAUCGAGAAAAUUAUUGAAGAUAUCUUUACUAAAUUGGGCCAUAAAUUGCCAAGUGGUUAUCCAAACCUCAUUGGGGUGGAGCGUCCUAUGCAGAAACUUUAUUCAUUGAUAGGCCGGGGGUCUAGUGAUGUUCGUUUUAUUGGAAUAUUUGGGAUGAGCGGGAUUGGGAAGACAGCUAUUGCAAGAGCUCUUUUUGACAAUAUCUCAAAUGAAUUUGAGGGUGCUAGUUUUAUCCAAGAAGUUAGAGCUGAGAUAGCAAACCACGGUUCAGCCAAAGGUUUGGCGAACUUGCAACAGAAGCUUCUCUCUGAUAUUCUUUCUGUUAAAAAUUUGAAAAUAAACAAUGUCUUUGACGGAAAAAUGAUGAUACAGCUAAUGCUGCAUUGCAAAAGAGUGCUUAUUGUUCUUGAUGAUGUUGAUCACAGGGAUCAAUUGGAAUCAUUGGCUGGAAACAGCUAUUGGUUCGGUGCUGGAAGUAGAAUCAUCAUAACAACAAAGGAUAAGCACUUGCUCCUUAGCAACAACAUUGAGUCUCUGAGAUUGUAUAAAAUGAGUUUGCUACAUGAAGGUGAAAGCUCUAAGCUCUUUAGGCAGCAUGCCUUUAAGCAAGACCCGCCUCCCAAGGAAUUUGAGGAGCUCGCUACUCAAGUGAUACGUCAUGCAGGUGGCCUUCCUUUGGCUCUUAAAGUUUCGGGUUCCUUCUUGUGUGGCAAAGAUAUUGCUGAAUGGAGAAGUGAAGUAGCCCGACUUAAGGAAAUCCCAAAAGAUGAUGAUGAGAUUACAAACAAACUUAAAGGAAGUUUCCUUAGUCUCAACGAAAAUGCUCAAAAGAUUUUCUUAGAUAUUGCAUGCUUCUUUAAUGGAAAGAAGAAAACAUCCAUAAUAAGAAAACUUGAGAGUUUCAACUUCCAUUAUGUCAUUGGUGUAAAGGUUCUCUUAGAGAAAUGUCUGAUAGUUGUUUGGGAAGGUCGUGUAUAUAUGCAUGAAUUAAUACAAAGAAUGGGCAGGCAUAUUGUUGGACAAGAAGCUUCAGAGGAUCCAAAAAGUUAUAGCAGGUUGUGGGUGCCGGAGGAUAUUUCUCAACUACUGACAGGAAGUGAGGGUACAGAUAAGAUCGAAGGUAUAGCACUCAACUACCAGCAGGCUGUAACAGACGUGAAAGUUAGUAGUCAAGCCUUCACAGGCAUGAAAAAUCUGAGGUUUCUCAAAUUUCAGAAUGCAAAUGCUUCUCAUGGCCCUUAUUCUCUCCCUCACAAUUUACGGUGGCUCGAUUGGCAUGGAUAUCCUUCAAAAAGCUUGCCUGUUAGCUUCAAGGGAGAAAGGCUUGUCUGUCUUAAAAUGCAAUAUAGUCAUGUCAUACAACUUUGGAAGGGCUUGCAGGUUUUGGACCAUUUGAAGUCUAUUAAUCUUAGCCACUCUCAGAAACUAACUAGGACUCCAGAUUUCAGAGGAAUCCCAAAUCUUGAAAGGUUGGUUCUCGAAGAGUGUAUAAGUUUAACAGAGAUCCAUGGUUCUGUUGGAUUUCUCAAGAAACUUGUUUUACUUAACCUAAAGAACUGUAUAAAUCUUAAGAAGCUUCCCAAGAGCAUUUGUUUGGAAAAGCUUGAGACGCUGAUCCUAUCGGGUUGCUUAAAACUCAAAAUUUUUCCAGAAAUUACCGGUCCCAUGGGUUGCCUGUUAGACGUAUAUGCUGAAGCUACUGCUUUAAGAGAGUUGCCAUCUUCCAUCGAGUUCCUCACAUGCCUUAGAUUAAUAAAUCUAAGUUAUUGCAAGCAUCUUACAAGCCUUCCAAGUAGCAUUUGUGGAUUGAAAGGUCUGAAAGUUCUCACUCUCUGUGGUUGUUCCAAGUUUGACAAAUUUCCAGAUGAAUUGGGAGACAUGGAAUGUUUAGAAGAGCUCUACUGUGAUGACACAGCCAUCCAAGAACUACCGCCCUCCAUUUCCAGUCUAAAGAAACUCAGCACCUUAUCAAUUCGUGGAUGUAAACCUCUGGCUUCUCGAACACAGUAUUGGUUCUUCCACCAUUUGCUGUUGCCAGGAAGUUCUCAAGAUACCAAGGCUUCUUCCUUACCUUCUCUGUCUGGUUUAUCUUCAUUGGUAGAAUUAGAUCUUAGUGAUUGUAGUAUGUUAAAUGGGGGCAUACCUUGUGAUCUUGGAACCUUGUCCUCUUUGGUGCUAUUGAAUCUCAGCAACAACAAGUUUGGUAGCAUCCCAGCUGAAGCCAUCUCGCGCCUCCCUAAACUUGUGGAACUUUUUCUGGUUGGUUGCGAGGAGCUUGAAAUUUUGCCACAGCUCCCAUCAAGUCUAACAACUGUUUGUCUAGAUGAAUGCACGGCUCUUGAAGGAAGCAUAGAUUCACUUGCAAAAUACAAGAAUUUGAACAAGAUUUCAAUCACUAAAUGUGAUCAACUACUUGAGGAUGAAGAUAACAGUCAGAUUAUGAUUGAUUCAAUGUGGCAACACCUGCUCAAGGGAGUAUCUGUUGAAGAUGAUAAUUUUUAUAUCUGUUUUCCUGGCACCAACAUUCCUGAGUGGUUUACCUAUAAGAACUGGGGGCCUUCAAUUUUAGUGAACCUGCCUCAAAAUUGGUACAACAACAAAUUUUUAGGAUUUGAACUAUGUGUUGUUUCUGAGAUGAUAGAUACUACAAAACCCCUGCAUCAUUUUAAUAUCGGUGUUAGAUAUGGGAUUAAUGCCAAGUGCAGUUUGAUAACUCCAGAUGGUGAAAAGGCAUUUGUUGGAGGUGGGAUUGGCUUUAUGGGGAUUAAACAAUAUAUGGACUCUAACAUCACUUGCCUGGGCUAUUACUCAUUUGAAAAAUGGAUGUUAUACUUACGCGUUAAUUGGGUUGGUAGUCCUAAUGAAUGGUGCCAAUUUGAGGUUUCUUCGGAGGAAGGUUACUCCAAAAACAUUGUACACAAAGGUUUUGGAGUGCGGCUUAUUUAUGAAGAAGAUGAUGUUAAACAGAGUGAUGAAGCAGUGAUGACCCAAAGCAGCUCCUCCCAAUCCAGAGGCAUCUCAAGAUUCCUGAUUUAAUAUAAUUUGAUAAAUAUAUAUGUAAUUUCUUUCACUACUUAAUUAACUUGGCUAUAUAUAUGCCUUUUAUUUAAUUUAUUGAGCUCUUUAGUUUGCCACUGCUUGUGUAUUCUUUGCUCCUUAUUUUUUGAAAUUGAGUUUGACUCCUGCUUCAGCUAGUUGAUUUUCUCUACUCAGGGAAAGAGUUAAUUCAAUUUUUGGUCCUA